CUGCCCCCCCGGGCCGCCCUGCUGUCCCACUCCCUGCCCGAGCCGGGGGUCCCCCGGGAUCCCCCAGCCCCCGCUGCUGCCUCUCCUCCGCCCCGCACCCCGCACCCCCGGGGUCCCCCGGAGCCCUCGCGCCCCCGGGGCCUGGCCGAGAUGCCGGGACCGAGCUCCACCGCCUUCAUCUUCGAGCUGCUGUGCCGAGGAGGGGUGCGGAGGCUGCAUGAGAUGCAGGUUCACGGGCGGUCCCGGUUCGGGCCGCUCUGGAAGGCCCGGUUCGGGCCGGUGCUCACG